AAGAAAAAGUGAUAUUUUUACUAAUUUUACAGUUAUAAUCUGACCAGCACCUAACCUGCGAACGGGCAAUGGGUUGUAUUCAAUGGUAUUACCCCCCUUUUAAUAUAUACAUGCAUUAUACAAGAUGUCGUCUCAUAUAGAGCGAAACCCUGGCAUGGAUUUAGACAUUUCUUGGGUGAGAAAAAGCUGCGUAAAUCUGCCUGCUGUGAACAGGCGAGCAGAAACUUUAAAAACCCGUCGUUCUAUUAAAAAACAGUGGCAAGCCGCUUGGCUUUUGAGGGCAGUUUCGUGCCUUGAUCUUACAACGCUUUCUGGGGAUGAUACGAGUGGCAACGUGGCUAGGCUGUGUUUCAAGGCUCAAAGCCCGGUCCGUCAAGAUCUGUUGAAGAGCAUGGGUUUCGACAAGGAGAUAACUGUUGGGGCAGUGUGUGUGUAUUCUACACGGGUGCCGGAUGCGGUCAAGUCGCUAAAGGAUGCGGGGUCAAAUAUACCCAUAGCUUCAGUUGCGGCGGGGUUUCCUGCUGGUACGUGGGGUUGAACAGGGUACAGUGUAGGUUGGGGUUGAACAGGGUACGGGCUAUAGUGUAGGUGGGGGUUGAACAGGGUACAGGCUAUUGUGUAGGUGGGGUUGAACAGGGGACAAGCUAUAUAGUGUAGGUGAGGGUUGAACAGGGUACAGGCUAUUGUGUAGGUGGGGGUUGUACAGGGUAUAGUGCCACAAAUUAUCAGAACCGGACUUGCUAGUGAAAAACCGAAAUCAUUACGUACAUUCCUUUCUGCAGGCCAGACACCUCUAAAACAACGUUUAGAAGAGAUUGAGAUGGCUGUAUCAUAUGGUGCUAAGGAGAUAGAUAUUGUUAUUUCCCGAGCAUAUGUCCUCGAUGGCGAUUGGCAGGCUUUGUAUGACGAGGUCAAAGCUUGCCGCAAAGCAUGCGGAGAUGCACACCUCAAGACCAUAAUAGCCACAGGGGAACUGGGCUCGUUGGUCAAUGUGUACAGAGCAAGUCUUGUCUGCAUGAUGGCUGGCUCGGACUUUAUCAAGACCUCUACGGGGAAGGAAAGUGUGAAUGCUACAUUCUCUGUUGCUCUCGUUAUGGUCCGGGCGAUCCGAGAUUACUACCAGGUUCAUGUCAAUUUCAAAAUUGUUGACACUUAUGUAUGAACAAGAAUGAAAUAAACUACAAGCAUUAAACUACCUUCACUACUAAUGUGUCAAGUUAAUGUAAUCCCCAAGCAAAUGUUAUAGACCCAUUGCACUGUCAUCACAAAUCCUUAAGCCCUGGGCAAACUAGGAAACAUUGUUGUGGAAACAUUGUUUCCUACCAAUGUUUCGCCAUGUUUCCCAGAGUGGGCAAACACUAGGAAACAUUAGUGAGAAACAUAGGGAAACAUCAAAUGUAUCUGAAUUUGCUAGGAAACAUUUUUGCUUCCCGGGAAGCCAAUUUUGUUUCCGCGACAAUGUUUCCACGGGUGGGCAAACAUGGAAACAUUUGAGGAAACAUCGAGAAUCACAAAUGUUUCUGCAACAAUGUUUCCUAGUUUGCCCAGGGCUGUAGAGUGUCCUCCAGAUGCUCCCUAACAAUAUCUGUUCGGAUACAACAACCACAUACAGCACAAAAACUAACCAUCUUAAUACAAAAGUAUUAUAAACUUUUACAAAAUUUGCUUUGUUUACAAAAGUUAUAUUAUGCAUAGAUAGUUAUAUUGUGAAUUUGUCCUCCGGAUGCAUCAUCAUUGGUGCUGUGAUGUCAUGUGCUAUGGAUCUAUUCACAGGACAGUGUGAAUUCAACCUGAAAAAAAAACGACAACGUUUCAAGCGAAGGCCCUUUGCUUGAAUUGUCGAAGUUCCACUUGUAUUUUUGUAGGUUGUUGAAUAUCCUUCUCAAACUGCAGCUCUAUUGUGUUAUUGUCACUACCUAUGCUAGCACAGACCAUGUGAAUUCAUAGACGUAUAAGUCAUCACAAACACACUGUCCCAUUGUUAACACUACAAUGAAAGAAAAUCAACCCUGUUUCACACAUUUACCCAUUGUUCUAACUUGCAGAAAACUGGCUACAAGAUUGGUUUCAAACCUGCAGGAGGAAUUCGUAGUGCUAAAGAAGCCUUGACAUGGCUUGCUCUGAUGAAAGAGGAACUUGGCGACGAAUGGACUCAACCAAACUUAUUCAGAAUUGGAGCCAGUUCGCUUCUUCUUGAUAUUGAAAGACAGCUCUUCCAUUUUGUUACAGGAAGGUAGGAUUAGAAGGAUAUCAUGUCAUUGAUUGUUAAUAAUUAACUGUAUAAACAAAGCUCUAGAAAACUCAUUAAAUUUGAGCGAAAACAGGUUAAAGGACGGACAUUUGCAGCAACAAAAGAGCCGGUUAAAUGUUGGCAAACUAAAUUUGCAUCCAAUGUAUCUUGCAUUCUUUCUGAAAAUGGUAAAACCACUUCAAAAAUAGGCUACCCUGGGGUGGCUGAGAUUCUUAGAUAUUUAUUCAUAUAUUUCUAUCAUUUUUCUGUUAUUUCCUAGAUAUGCUGCUGCUCACGAGAUGCCAAUGUCUUAGAAGGUGGAACAAUUUGUUGACAUUUCCUCUCAAAAUUGUGUAAAAUAUUUAAUCUUUGAUGCAAUAAAUUCAUUGAAAUUCAUUAACUUUGUACAAAUUAUUACACUAUAUAACAUUUGUUGUACAUUAAUUCACUUAUUGAUACCAUCAAUCGGCCAGGAAGUCGACGACUUCUUCAAGUUCUCGUUGUUUUGCUUGUUUAUGAGCCCAGCGAUCCUCUGCUACCUUAGGAGUAGCGUUCCAUUUUUCAUGAUAAAUUACACUUUUACAUGCUGGGCACUUUUUAUCUAAGACACAUAAGAAAAAUAGAUAUGGCAAUCAAUUAAUCAAAAACAUUUAUUUAAACAAG